CAUUUAUUGUGGUCAAAAUAUGAAGGCAACCGUUAUAUUUUUCGUGCUGAUUUGCGUGUUUGGGCGCUACGCCAGUGCGGAUGAUGCAAGUGUGGAUUGCACUAAACCUCCACGUCAUAUUCCUCCGCACAUGUGCUGCCCCGUGCCUGAUCUAAGCACUGACGAGCUAAUGAAGCAAUGUGAUCAAUACGCCGGACCACCACCAACACCUCCACCUGGGGCCCCACCAAGGCAGCCACAUCCGCAUCCACACGGACCACACCCACACGGACCACAUCCACACGGACCACAUCCAAAUCCGUGUCUUAUUGAAUGCAUCUUCAAUAAAACCGAAGUCAUGGAAGAGAGCGGUGAACUCAACCAGGAUAAAUUUAAGGAACUGCUCGCCACAGCCGUGAAGGACAAUGAGGAGAUGGCGGCUGUUAUGGAGGAAUCAUUCCAGACUUGUAUUGAAAAGGCCACUGAAAUGAAGACAAAAAUUGCCGACAAAAUUAGCAAAGAUCCGGAAUUUGCUGAAAAACUGGCAAAUCAUAGACUCCAUUCGCUCUGCGCACCCUUCAGCGCCAUGGUAAUGGGUUGUAUCAAAAUGGAGACAUUCCAAAAUUGCCCGACAUCUGCAUGGAAUAAUACUGAAGAAUGUACUACCAUGCGCAGCUUUAUGAAGCAGUGCAAAAGAGAUCGAGCAACAGAGUGAACUUACUUAACGUAUGUUAGCUUGGGCUCUUCCAAUUUUAAUUUAAAAAAUGUGUUGGUUCAAUAAAAAAAAUUUG